AUGACGCGCAAGUUUAUCCAGAUGGGCAUGACGCGUGCGAAACGAUACGCAAACCACGCCGGCGGGCGCAAGUACGCGAAAGGAACAAACAAAGAGUUACCAAAGAGUGAGAAACAUCCUGAUAAGAAGGAGAAAGAAAGGGCGAGUCUCAUCUUUCGAGGGUAUUGGGAACGAUGCAAGGAGGAUGAGGAUUAUCAGGAUCUCAAGACCGAGUUUUUGAAACAACAGAAAGAACGGGAAAAGUCAUAA